AGAACCAAUAUGUAGCAAAUGGGUAUCGCACCUUGGAAGUUCCUCCCUUGGUUCAAUGCUUGCAUGUUUUAAGGAUCCUUGUCGCCUCAGCAGUGAAUUGUUCUUGUGAACUUCAGAAACGGAUUUCAUGUGGUGCUUGCUAAACGUUGAGUCAUCAUGAGUAGUAAUCUAGGAAAAGAAAAGGACUGUAAAGAGAAGGAUCCAAAAGUCCCAUCGUCAAAAGAAAGGGAGAAGGAGGCCAAAGCCUCUGGAGGAUUUGGGAAAGACAGCAAAGAAAAGGAACCUAAGACCAAAGGGAAAGAUGCCAAAGAUGGAAAGAAGGACUCCAGUAGCACACAGCCUGGAGUAGCUUUUUCAGUGGACAAUACGAUAAAAAGACCUAAUCCAGCCACAGGUACCCGCAAAAAAUCCAGCAAUGCUGAAGUGAUCAAAGAGCUAAAUAAAUGCCGGGAAGAGAAUUCAAUGCGCUUGGACUUGUCCAAGAGGUCUAUACACAUGCUUCCAUCAGCUAUCAAAGAGCUGACGCAGUUAACGGAACUUUAUUUAUACAGUAACAAACUGCAGUCCCUACCAGCAGAGGUAGGCUGUCUUGUGAACCUGAUGACACUGGCCCUAAGUGAAAACUCACUUACCAGUUUGCCUGACUCUCUGGAUAACUUGAAGAAGCUGCGCAUGCUUGACCUGCGGCAUAACAAACUUCGAGAAAUCCCGCCAGUGGUGUACAGGCUAAGCUCUCUCGCCACUCUUUACCUACGCUUUAAUCGUAUAACUACUGUGGAAAAGGAUAUCAAAAACUUGUCAAAACUCACCAUGCUUAGCAUACGAGAGAACAAAAUCAAGCAACUACCUGCUGAGAUUGGUGAGUUGUGUAACCUCAUAACGCUGGAUGUAGCGCACAAUCAGCUCGAACACCUUCCAGAAGAGAUUGGAAGCUGCACGCAGAUCACCAACCUUGACUUGCAGCACAAUGAGCUCUUGGACCUGCCAGAAACCAUAG